CGUGCUUUACAAACCACAAAGCAGUGUGUUGUAAUUACUCGUGUGACUGGCUGUGUCCCCACUGUACGGGUCACGUGCAGCUGUGGUAGCUGCUCUGAACACCCUCAUGGAGUGACCCAAUGCAUUUGAAGAGAAGAAGGAACUCUGAAGACAUCUCCAGGAGUGAGCUGAAGGGGCUUGUGUCCAGGGAUUCGCCCGCUCGGCAUUUUUGUCCUGCUGGAAAAGCUCUCACCAAGGAGUGGCAGGUAAGAGCCCUCACUCCUGCCCUUUGAGUCUGAUUUCCUUUGAGUUGCGCCUUCCAUUUUAUUCCAACCAUUCCACAGGAGCAUUCCAAAGCUAAGCCAGGAGCAGCAGUACUGGCUUAGUUUUAGGCACAUGUAACGUUUGUCUUCACGGCCACCAUCGGCACAAGAGGCCUCGCCCCAGGUCUCCUGUCCCUCUGGGUCGUCCAGGUGUGCAGAUGGCACCAAAUAAGCUUGUUCCUUGAACUCAUUUAGCUUGUCCUUGGUCAUGGCUUCACGCCCUGCCUCUCUGAUGCUGAGGUAAGAGUGCUGAUGACCAUACACAUCAAAUUCAGUCCUGGCUGUUACAGAGGGGAGGUUGAAAAGGAACAAAAGCACUUAAGCCAGGAGCCUCCAAUGCGUUGGGUAGUGGGGGAGGGGAGGAAAUAAUACAGAGCUUCCGUCCAUGUCCAUGGUGUAAUCUGGAGGCAGCGGACAAGGGUACAGUGUGAGAGGAGCUGGGAUGGAUGAAGUGCGGAGGAGUUGCCCAGAUGGUGAAGCUGAUGACCCUCUGGACAUGCCCUAGUUCACACAGCCCGCCCCUCUUGUUCACCUUGACUGGUGUGGUUAGUUGUCCCCUGCCUGUCUCCCUCAGCAGGCUGGUCUCUCUCGAGACUUCCAGGCAGGCGUGGGCAGGUAGAUGCUCAGGACCCAGUCUAACUGAGCCAGUAAUACAUUCGGUUGACUCGCAUAAGUUUUUAUUUCCAUGUGUUCACUUGUUGAUGUUUUUCCUCAUUGCCCAAGAGGACUGAUUAUGCAUGAAACCGUGAUGUGCCUUCUACGAUCUGCCUAGAGAAUCACCUCAGCGUUGGCCAGAGCUCAGCAUUCUUAGCCACACAGGGCUCAGAGAUGCGUUCAGUGGGACCCAGAACUCCUGGAUGUCCUGCAGGCCGGCAGUCAGCACAGUCCAGAGGAGUGGCCAGGAUGCCAAGUUGAGAUGGAGGGUCCAGGAUAGCCUGUCCCCCAGGCUCCAGUCUCCCUCUCCUGCUUCGCCCACUGGCAUCUGCACCCCUGCGCCUCAGUGCGCUCCCGGCUCCUGGUACCCCUGUGCUCGCCCUCCCACAAACCCCACAGUCCUGGCCCGGAGGUCGCUGCAGGGAAUAGGGGUGGGCAGUCUCACAGCUCAGGCCAGAGAGAGGAAUCCUGGGCCCCAGCUAUUUUCAGGGCUAAAAUUGAAGCCCAUGGUUUAUUUGCUCAGCACUUAAUUAGACUCCAGUGCGGCGCGAGGCUGCCUCGUUCCCGCCCACGAGCGAAGGCCUGACCAGUGGGUUUGGGAGCUGACGCCAUGUCACAGGCGGGAGGUUGGGACCUGGAGUAUUUUUACAAAUGCGAGGCUACGGAGAACAAAACCGCUUGGCCCCCAGCCAGUUAGUCUAAGUCGGUUGGGAGACGGAGGGAGCAGGAAAGCGUUAUAUCAUCCUUCCUUCUUUGAACCGCAUCGUAAAUCUGCCAGACAGGAAACGGGGAUCUGGAGGGGAGGGGCGACGUGGGGGUAGCCAGCGAGGCCGGAGCGGGGCCACGUUACCAGCGCCCCGGGCGCCUGGCUCAGGAGGGGCCCCGCCCGCGGGGGAGCAGACGCACGCGGAGGAGGACGCUGGGGGAGGGGAGGGGCCGGCACGAGGGCGCCGCGGGGGCGUGGAAAGCUUCCUGGGUCAGGUCGGAGGGGGAGGGCUGUUUGUGCCUGAGGGUUUCUGGGCGCCCUUCAGGUCCUCCACUUAAACCUACUUUUGUAGAGGUUUAGAGCUGGAAGGGAUUUUAGAGACCCUUUAAGGCGGAUGUUGAGGGCAACAGAGGAAAAAUAAAUUACCUGAAGCCACACAGCUAAUGAGACCUGGCAGUGGUGCCAGGGGUCUUCUGACUCCUAAGUUGGCUGUCCACUAGCUCCCCUUCUUGGUGCUGUCCUUUGGCUUUUAUGGAGACACAGCAGAGUGAAGUGACCGGCUCACCUCAGGUGGAUGCAGGCAACCCUGAUGACCUUCUACCCUAGUGCCAGAAGACUGAACUCCCUUCCUUACUUUGCCGCUAGCUAUGUGACCCCGGACAAGUUACUUAACGUCCUUCCACUGCUGUCAAAUGGAGGGUGAGAAGCUGGGUCGGUGGAAGGCACAACUGUGGAACAGAUGGACUCCAUCCUCAAGGGCCAACCAUCACAUCUUGUGGACCCCUUCAUCCGCUGAUGGUGCUGCCCAGGACCUGAGGGUUCUUAGACCACCCUUUCUCCGGUCGUGCUCCAGGGUGUGGUGUCUACCUGAAGAACAUUGCACUUUAAAAGGAAAGAUGCUGUCUCCAAAUGAUAAAAAGUUAGAAAAGCUAGAUCCGUUUUACCGACCUUCAGUGUCCGAGCAGAAGACUAGUGCAGAAAUCAUAAGUGAAGCACGAAAUGCCUUAAGAACUGUUAGGACCCAAAGACCAUUUACACCACGGGAAGACCAAAGAAAACUAUUUGGACGUGCAUCUUCAAGAACACCAGAAAAUAGACCCCCAUCUUCCUUCAGCGUCCAUGCAUCCAGUUUUGAGUCCUCUGAUUCCAGGCCCAUCUUUGGCACACGUCUCAGUCCACUAGAGCUUAAACCAAAAACUCCAGCAUCUCCUGCCACAGAAGAGGAUCCCUGCCCUUCCUUUCCAAAACCCCCAGUGGACCCCACGAAGACUAGAAGGAUAAGCAGUGCCCGGGCGCGCUUACUCAGGGCGGCCUCGCAGGGGGCUCUUCUGCCAGACAUGACUCUUCCUUCUGCUCAGCCAAAGAGAGUGGAAUCCAAAGAAACAGUUACGAUGGGGGACUCUGUGGUGAAAAUACAUGGGAUUUAUUUAACAGAAUCAAAUGCCAUUGGCCACUUGAGUCACCCACCUCAGCUAACAUAUGACGGAGACUUCGGUGAAAUCAAGGAGCAAGAAAUUUUCAAAGGGGCAGCAUCCUUGCCAUCUCAUCUCAGAAGUGGAAGGGACCAGGGGAAGAGGCAUUCAGGGGCCUCCUUAUGCUCCCGAAGCUCAGACCGGAGCAGGCUAGACACCAAAACAGACUCAAAACUCGACUUGCAAGAAAAAGAUACAGAAAUAGAAGUAGGUGAAGUCUUUUGGAAUACGAGGAUCGUACCGAUUUUGCGUGAAUUAGAAAAAGAAGAAAACAUUGAAACGGUUUGUGCUGCUUGCACACAGCUUCACCACGCUUUAGAGGAAGGAAACAUGCUUGGAAGUAAACUUAAGAGAAGAAGUAUUCUCCUGAAGACCCUAUAUAAACUUGUUGAUGUUGGCUCAGACUUGCUGAGCCUUAAACUUGCAAAAAUUAUUCUAGCACUUAAAGUGAGUGGAAAGAAUCUUCUUAAUGUCUGCAAGCUUAUAUUUAAAAUUAGCAGGAGUGAGAAGAAUGAUUCUCUGAUUCAAAAUGAUGGCAUUCUGGAAUCAUUAUUGGAGGUCCUGAGAAGUGAAGAGUUGCAAGCUAACACCGAAGCUUUCUUAUACUGCAUGGGGGUGAUCAAAUUCAUUUCUGGAAAUCCAGGAUUUCUUCAUGAAAUGAUUGGCAAAGGUGCUGUAGAAAUAUUGAUGAAUUUGAUGACACAAAUAAACGAGAACACCAAGAAGUCUGGUACAUGUUUGCCUAAUUCGGGCCACUUGUUAGUCCAAAUGACUGCUACGCUGAGAAACUUGGUUGACUCACCACUAGCAAGAAGUAAGUUGCUAAGCAUCAGUGCCCUUCCCCAGCUCUGCACGGUGAUGGGACAGUACAUAGGUGACAAGGAGGUCUGCACCAAUGUUGCCAGAAUAUUCAGCAAAGUUACUACUUAUCAUGACUGCUGUGUAGCCUUGGCCAACUACUCCAGAUGUUAUGCCUUGUUUUUGAAUCUGAUAAACAAAUACCAGAAGAAGCAGGAUUUAGUCGUUCGUAUUGUUUUUAUUCUUGGCAACCUGACAGCGAAAAAUAACCAGGCUCGUGAGCAGUUUUCCAAAGAGAAAGGGAGCAUCCCAACUCUGCUGUCUUUAUUCCAUACAUUCUACAAACUGGAUCUGCAUUCCCAGAAGCCCCUGGGGGAAGGAGAAGAGAGGCCCAAGGCGCCGAGGCCGGCCCAGGCAGAGGACGUACUCAUCAAGCUGACCCGCGUGCUCGCCAACCUGGCCAUCCACCCGAGCGUGGGCCCAGCCAUCGCCGCCCACCCGCGCAUCGUGGGCCUGCUCCUCGCCAUGCUGGAAUCUAAGUCCAUUGAUGAUUGUGAGGAGCUGGUGAUCAACACUACGGCAGCGAUCAACAACUUAUCUUACUACCAAGUGAAGAAUUCCAUAAUUCAAGACAAAAAGCUAUAUAUUGCUGAAUUGCUCUUAAAGCUGCUUGUGAGUCACAACAUGGAUGGAAUCCUGGAGGCUGUGCGCGUUUUUGGAAAUCUCUCCCAGGACCAUGACAUCUGUGAUUUCAUUGUGCAGAAAAACGUUCACAAGUUCAUGAUUGCUCUGCUGGAUGCUAAGCAUCAGGAUAUUUGCUUUUCUGCCUGUGGUGUUCUUCUAAAUCUCACCGUGGAUAAAGACAAGCGUGUCAUCCUAAAAGAAGGAGGUGGCAUUAAAAAGUUAGUGGAUUGUUUAAGGGAUUUUGGUCCCACUGAUUGGCAGCUGGCCUGCUUGGUGUGCAAAACUUUAUGGAACUUCAGUGAAAAUAUCACCAGUGCUUCGUCAUGUUUUGGAGAUGAGGCCGCCAACACACUCUUAGUCCUGCUCUCAUCGUUUUUAGAUGAAGAACUAGCACUGAAUGGGAGUUUUGACCAAGACCUAAAAAACUAUCACAAACUCCAUUGGGAAACAGAAUUCAAACCGGUGGCACAGCAGCUUCUAAACCGAAUUCAGAGGCAUCACACCUUCCUGGAACCCCUGCCUGUUCCUUCUUUCUAACAUGAUGCAGAUGAACAACAGCAACAGGAAGUCAGGUCUCCUUCAUUCUUAAGAAGUGGCAACAUAUGUGAACUUUUUUUUCAGUAUUAACAAAUAGUGAAAGUUUUUCAGGUACUGAUUUUAGUGAGUAGUCUUAGUAUUUUAAAAGAAAUAAGCAUUUCUUCUUGUUAGGUAUUAUGGAAAAAUGAAUAUACAUUUUGUACUUUCUGCUAUGAGAAAUGUAAGAUGAAAAUAUAUGCAUGGGAUUUCUAAGUAAAUGACUUUUUCUUCUAUUCUCUAUUAAAUAAUUUAGUUCUAGUCUUAAAA